AGAUUAUUGAGUUGUAAAUUAUCCCAUUCCGAUCCGGUUUUUUAAAAGAGUAAUCUUAGCCUGAGGAUUUAAAAGAGAAAAAGAGCGUGUGGAUGGUUUCUGUUGGUUCAAAAGCUUUACCUUCGAAGAGACCUAGAAUCCGUAAAUCAGUGGAGGACAGCUUGAUGGUUGAGGAUGAUAAAUCAUAUAAACAUGGUUGGAAGAGAAACAACUUGAGCAGUAAGGCUAAGAAAGAAAGUUUCAGUCUUGAUGCUAAUACUUCCAAGAAAAAUGUAUCUGGGCGUGGCCAUGAUGGAACAGCAAAGUCCCACAAAUCUUGGAAGCAUCAUAGUUCAUCAGAGCCACAAACAUCGGUUGUUAGGAAACAGGUUGACCCUGAUUUAGCAAAAUACUUUUCAGAGAUUGCAAAUCUUUUUGAAAGUAAUGAGGCUGAUUUGGAGGAGCGAUCAGUUUUAUGUCGUAAUGCCCUUGAGGAAACUAGAGGGAAAGAGUUUGAACUUGCAACUGAUUACAUCAUAAGUCACACUUUGCAGACACUCCUUGAAGGCUGUGAUGUGGACCACCUUUGUGGUUUCCUCCGAGGCUGUGCAAAGUUCUUUCCUGCUAUUGCUAUGGAUAGAUCUGGAUCUCAUGUAGCUGAGACAGCUCUCAAGUCUUUAGCUGUGCAUCUUCAAGAUGAACAGAACUAUUCUGUUGUCGAAGAGACUCUAACUAUGAUAUGCAAGGUGAUUGUUAGCAAUCCUGUUGAUUUGAUGUGUAAUUGCUAUGGAUCUCAUGUCUUUCAGAGUCUUUUUUGUCUUUGUAAAGGAGUACCAUUAGAUUCCUCAGAAUUUCAUCGGGCAAAGCCGUCAGCUGUUCUUGCAGAGCGGUUAAAUUUGAAUGCCUUUCGAUUAUCUGGAAAUGAUUUACCACAUCCGCACCUGUUAUUUUCAGAUUUAUUGAAGCUACUUAUAUCAGGGAUAUUAAAAUGUUCCAAGAAAGAUAUUAAGACACUGCAAACUGAUCAGUACAGCAGUUUGGUUUUGCAGACAGCUUUGAAGCUAUUAGUGGGGCACGAUGAGGAGUUGCUUAAGAUAAUUCCUGUACUUCUUGGCUGCAAGAAAGAGAAUGUUGUAGAAGGAAACUUCAUAGAGAUGUCUGUUGUGAGUAGCAUUGUAGACUUGAUGAAAGAAACUGCAUAUAGCCAUUUAAUGGAGGUAAUUCUGGAAGUGGCUCCCGAAAGCUUGUAUAAUGAAAUGUUCACAAAAGUUUUCAGAAAUUCAUUGUUCCAUCUUUCAUCACAUCAGUGUGCAAACUUUGUUGUUCAAGCAUUGAUUUCCCAUGCAAGAGAUCAAGAUCAAAUGGAGUUUAUCUGGAAGGAACUUGGUACAAAAUUUAGGGAACUUAUUGAAAUGGGGAGGUCAGUGGUAAUUGCUGCUCUUAUUGCUGCAUUUCAAAGACUCCAUACUCAUGAGCAAAAGUGUUGUCAGGGUCUUGCUGCUGCUGUAGGUUAAACGAAUGAGUCCCCAAGAUCCAUCAUUCCGCGUAUACUGUUUCUUGAAAGUUACUUUAGCUGUGAAGACAAGUCAAAUUGGAAUUGGCCAAAUGGUUUUAAGAUCCAUGUUAUUGGUUCUCUGAUUCUGCAAGCAGUUUUUAAAUUUCAAAGUGAAAGAGAUUGAUAAUUCCCUCGAUUCUGCUGUGCCAUGUUUGGACAAGGCAGACAUGAAGCGGCACCCAGAGAAAGAAGGGCAGCAAACUGGGAAAUAUGCCAAACAUGCCAUGGCUGAUGACAUCUCAAGAGGCAAAAACAAGAAGAGGAAAAAGAAUUUAGUUGCUUCUGAGCAUACUGGUGCAUCUGGUAAAGGAGCAGAAAGUGCGGUAAAGCCAUUUCUCUGUGAAGACAGAUCAGUAAAGAAACGACACAGAAAGGUUAGGCCAUUGAAGUCUUCAAAGAAGUUAAAAGCUUGAAGGUUGGCCUGUAUUCUCGUAGGACUAUCGAAUAGAGUUGAAACUGUAACUUAGUUGGAGAGUUUCAUUGAGCGGCAAAAGAUAAAUGGUUGUGUACGCUCUUUACUGUUGAGUUGAAAAGAGUUUUUGUUGAAUUGAAAUUUUGUUUUUA